AGGGGAGAGAGUGGGUGUUGAUAUGUGUGUUGGUUUGUUUGUGUGGCGUGGUCAUUACUCAUUACUCAUUCAUAACCCUUUCAUUCCAACACCUUGUAACGCCGUUUCCUUUCUUCCCAUUUUUCUUACAACAACAACAACAACUCAACAGACAGAGACAGCGCGUCCUCGUCGUUGCUGCUCAAGAAACUGCUUCCCAAUUCUGUAACCGUUUCCUCAGAGACCAUAAUUGCUUUUCGCUUCCUCACACUUUUCACACUGUCUCUUCAUCUUCAACUGGAUCUCGUGAUAACAGUUCAGAGAUUGUUGUUGUUGUUGCUGCUGGUGCCAAAAGCGUGACCAAAAAACGCUCUGGGUGUGGUUUUUGUGCUUGUUGAUUUGACUGGAACAAGCGAUGAUGAUGAUGAACCGUGGGUCAAAUGUUUCAGCUGAAGUGGGUGGUUCCGGUGGGAGUGGCGAUGAGCUGUAUGAGCCGCUUUGGAAGCUGAGCGCGGGACCACUGGUUGAUGUUCCUCGUGUUGGACAGAGGGUCUUCUAUUUCCCUCAGGGGCACAUGGAACAAUUAGAGGCUUCAACCAAUCAGGAGCUGAAUCAGAGGAUUCCUCUCUUGAAGCUUCCAACAAAGAUCCUUUGUAGAGUUGUGAAUGUUCAUUUAAUGGCUGAACAAGAAACAGAUGAGGUUUAUGCACAGAUUACUUUGGUGCCCGAAUCUAAUCAAGAUGAGCCGACAAGCCCUGAUCCGUGCCCUGCUGAACCUCCGAAGCCAACAGUUCACUCGUUUUGCAAGGUCUUGACCGCUUCGGAUACAAGUACUCAUGGGGGCUUCUCUGUUCUCAGGAAACAUGCCACAGAAUGCCUUCCUGCUUUGGACAUGUCACAACAAACACCAACCCAGGAAUUGGUUGCCAAGGAUCUUCUUGGUUACGAAUGGCGCUUCAAGCAUAUAUUUCGAGGCCAGCCACGGAGACACCUGCUUACAACUGGAUGGAGUACUUUUGUGACCUCCAAAAGAUUAGUUGCCGGAGAUACCUUUGUGUUUUUGAGAGGGGAAAAUGGGGAAUUACGUGUUGGAGUGAGGCGUCUUGCUCGUCAGCCAAGUAGCAUGCCGUCGUCUGUGAUUUCCAGUCAGAGCAUGCACCUCGGAGUUCUGGCUACUGCCUCACAUGCUGUUGCAACUCAAACUCUAUUUGUAGUAUAUUAUAAGCCAAGGACAAGCCAAUUCAUCAUAAGCGUGAAUAAGUAUUUGGAGGCCAUGAACAACAAGUUCAGUCUUGGCAUGAGGCUGAAGAUGAGGUUCGAGGCGGAUGAUGCCUCUGAGACAGACAAAAGAUUCUCGGGUACCAUAGUUGGAGUAGAAGAUAUUUCUCCUCAUUGGGUGAAUUCGAAAUGGCGUUCACUUAAGGUUCAAUGGGAUGAACCUGCAGCUGUUACAAGACCCGAUAGGGUUUCACCAUGGGAGAUAGAACCCUUUGUGGCUUCUGCUUCCACACCCUCAGUUCAACCUACAGUUGUAAAAACUAAAAGGCCUCGACAACCAAGCGAAAUUCCAGAUGUUGACACAACAUCAGCUGCCUCUGCUUUUUGGGAUGCUGGAAUGAAACAUGCUGACAUGACACAACUUGGUGUUUUAUCUGAAAGCAAAAGAAGCGAUGUGAGUGGUAUGUGGCAUCAUAAGCAAACUGAUAUGAAUAGUAAAACCAACAGCAACACUAUGUCAAGGAACCAGACAGAAGCAAGUUGGCUAUCUUCUCCCCAUUCGAGUUAUCCUUCUCAUUUAGUUCAGGACACAACAGAUGAUAGCAAGAGCGUCUCAGCCUGGCCUGUUUCAAAGCCUCAUGCAUCCAGAAUGAACAUCGAUUACGUGCUUGAUCAAGUUGACAAGGAGAGCAAAGUUGAGACUGCUACGAGUUAUCGCUUGUUUGGAAUUGACCUUAUCGAUCAUUCCAGGAACUCAGCUGCUGCAGAAAAUGCAUCUCCACAUGUAGUAAAUGUACCCAGAGCUGAAGUCUGUGCCACUGCCAGCACCUUGUCCAAAACUGAUAGUGGCUCUAAGUCAGAUAUCUCGAAGGCUUCCGAGAGAAAACAAGAACAGCAGCAAGUACCCCAGAAGGAGACUCAGAGCAAGCAAAUUUGUGGCCGAAGUCGCACCAAGGUUCAAAUGCAGGGGGUUGCAGUGGGUCGUGCGGUGGACUUGAACACGUUGGAUGGUUAUGAUCAACUUAUAGAUGAACUGGAGCAGCUGUUUGACUUAAAGGGACAACUUCAACACAGAAAUAAGUGGGAAAUUGUCUUCACUGAUGAUGAAGGGGAUAUGAUGCUUGUGGGAGAUGAUCCAUGGCCUGAAUUUUGUAAUAUGGUGAAAAGAAUCUUCAUUUGCUCCAGCCAGGAUGUGAAGAAGAUGAGUUCAGGAAGCAAACUACCAAUCUCUUCCAUGGAAGAAGGGACUGUAAUAAGCUCAGAGACAACCGAAACCUGAAACUUUAACUCUCAGUCUCUUGUCAUUUUACCUUUGUGUUUUUGUCAACACCCAACUGUUAAUCCUUGUUGCUGCUGCUGUUUGUGGGAAGGAAGUUGUGGUCUAUUUUGGCUAGGUAAGUUUCAUGUAUUAGAUGUGAAACACUAGCUAAUUGUAACUUAAUUUGUAGAGACACCAGGCAUUAAUUGUGCUAGAAAGACCAAAAAAAAGGUUACUUUAAUAAAUUAGUGGGAGAUGUCAAGUUUAGGCUUAGGAUCUGUGAAUAUAUUCAUGUUAAGUUGGAAGAGUGUUGGGGAUUGAUGUGUAUUAAGACUUGUCUUUUUUGGUUAAGAGGCCUAUUUGUGCUUGUGUUCAUAGUGUGCACUGUUGUGCCUUCAAAAUAUUCCAAUUUGGUUGAGUCAA